UUCUACCAAAUCGUAACGUCCGUGGAUAUACCGUCGAUAUGGAGCCAUGGCGUAUCUGAGUGAUCGGUAACAGUUGUUCGAAAAAUCGAAGCAUUUCCAAGAGAUUCCUUCCUGCUUCCAUUUAAGGACCUGUAAUGGAAGCUUUGGGCGGUGGCAAUGGCGGGUUGUGGGGUUGGAACUGGCAACCGAGGAAGCCAAAGCCAUCAAAUUCCCAAAGCAGAAGAUCCAAGUCCGAUUCGGUGGAAGCAAACCGGGGAGCAGGUUACGGAUUUCCAGUGAAGCAGGCUGCGACGGCGGCCUCACUCGUCCUCACAGGAGACACAAUCGCUCAAGUCAGAGACCGCUGGAGAAAGGGAGGAGAAAGCUUCAAACAACAUCGGUUCUUGGACUCUGAUGAGUCCCACAAGGACGUUCUUCUUGACCAUGAUUGGCUUCGUGCCCUUCGGAUGUAUUCCUACGGCUUUCUUUUGUAUGGUCCUGGUUCUUAUGCGUGGUAUCGAUAUCUCGAUUGUUGCAUGCCAAAGCAUACAGUGCAAAACAUUAUGUUGAAGGUCGUAUUGAACCAAAUUGUGCUUGGUCCAUGUGUGAUCGCUGUCAUUUUUGCAUGGAACGAUUUGUGGCAAGGGAAGCUUUCACAACUUCCGAGCAAGUACCAGAAAGAUGCUCUUCCCACUCUACUUUAUGGAUUUAGGUUCUGGAUCCCAGUUACCGUAUUGAAUUUCUGGGUGGUCCCUCUUCAAGCUCGUGUAGCUUUUAUGUCUACGGGCUCCAUAUUCUGGAACUUCUAUUUGUCUGCGAUCAUGAGCAAGUAGACUCUCAUGGUUCUGGGUUUCAUCAAUGUUGUGAUACCAGAUUGUGCAGUCAUUGGCAUUGGCACAAGGUACAUUUGUCAUGUCUUUGUAGCUCGCUUGAAAUGUGUAUGGUGAACAUAUUCUUUUCCAACAAUGCUAGGGAUCCCAGUAAUAAGUAAUAACCAUCCCAGAAGUAUCCUAGCAGUGUGUGGCAUGCAUUCAUUGGGUAUGUUGAUCAUAGCAAGGGACCCAUUGAGAAUCACACCCAAUCAAUGCAUGCCAAACACUACUAGGAUGCUUCUGAGAUUGUUAUUACUGGGAUCUUUAUUAUUUUUUAUUCUCUUCUGACUUCUGAAACAGCUUGACCGCAUGGCAACAGAAAAGUGGAUAGCAGAAGCACCAAUUUUAGUUAUCAAUGAACUAAUUUUGAAAAUUUUGACCUGCUGGUUACAGAUUUGUCUGUCUUGUCGUCAGAUCUUCAGAGAAUUUCUACUUUCAUUGGGGAUGCAGUAUUUCAAAUAAAGGAGGAGCAUUGGAUAGUACUUAUGCUUCUUGAAUGAGCACAGCCAGCCAUGGUGAUCAUUUGUGAAUUAUUUGAACAUUUCCCUGAUUUGUCUUAACAGUUAUCUUAAGAUUGAAUCAUAGGAUUAAGACUACUAUUACACAUAUUUGUUUCCACCAGUAUUUUCGGUUGGAGCUGUACGAGAUGAAAGUCUCAUUUACAGUUCGUGGAGGAGGAAUUCAGAAUCCCCUUGGGUUACCCGUCUCAAUAAAGUCUACGAUUUGUUCGAAGAA